CCUUCAUCCUCCUGAGGGCCAAGAACCAACCCUAGCCGCACCAACGACCAACAAGCCAAGAUCCAUAGUCGCCGUUGACCGAAGAUGGCGAUGGCGGCUCUCCGAUGCGCCGCCGGAAGGAGGCUCGCCGGUGGCGGCCGCCUUCUACCGCCGGCGCUCAGCCGGCUUCGCCCCGCCGCUCCCGGCUUGGGCCGCCCGAAUCUCACGCUCACGCAGGCCUUGUCAUCGCACGGGAAAGAAGAAGCCGGGAGGGAGGUCCUGGAGCAGAUCCAGGAGAAGAAGGAGAGGCUCUACGACCUCAUCCUGCGCCACGGCUAUAAGCGCAACGACGGCUCCAUGUGCUACUCAAACGUUCAGCUCAUGCACCAUCUCUCGGCGCACAUCAAACCUAGGCCCCAAAGCAUCGCCUGGCGUUACCUUCGGAAAGUUCAUAGCCUCUAUAUUCUCUGGAUGUGCUUAAGCCCUGGCAUAAGCGCCUACGCAAUCUGGAACAUAUAUAAAGCGGGGGGAAACAACUUGGGUGCUGUUCAACAGGGAGGACAAGAAUUGAGUAACAAGAAUUGCAUCGGUUAGGGGGAAGAAGUGGUUGUCUGCUGAAGCUUGUCACUCAAGACUGUCAAUGGACUAAUGGAGAAUCGGUUGAUAGUGAUGUCUUUGAGAAUUGCCGGUCUCCUCAGGUUGCCAAAGUCUUGUGGAGAAUUGGUCACUCGCCUCCCUUUCUGUUUCCUUGACUAUCCUCUGACGUUGUGUAAUGAUGCUUAACUGAUAUCUAUAUAUAUUUUGUGAGAUUUGCAUGUCCA